CGCUCCCCAGACAUAACGUUGUAGGGCUGAGAGUUGCUAUGGCGACACCUCUCACCUGUUCGAGCCAGGGUAUUUGCAAUCCUGUUGUUAAUCGUCUUUGCAAGACCACCCAAGUUAUUGUCAUCAUCUGGAACACCAUUUAAAAUACGGUGACUAUCGCAUCGGAUUGGUAGCGUUAUUCGAGGAAGAUGCGCUUCUUUUCUCUCAUCCAGCCGAGCGAGCUAAGCGUCGCUCUGUCUCCAUGUAUGACAUUGUCGCGUGGCUGUCUGAUAGCCAGCCUGACAUCGCGCCACUGCCGACGACAACGAGCCGGAAACGGUUGAGGGUCGAAUCGUUGCUAACACCCGACGGGUCAAUCACGGCAAUGGACGCAACACCUAGUGCUGAUGCGGCCCCGACACCAGUCACUCGGAAGCGAGCUCGUCGACCUUACGAGGCCGACCAGGAGGAUACGACAGACACCGAACGCACGCCCCGAACAUCCGCGUCAUCAUUUCCAUUCAAAGAUAACCAGAGCAGAGGUUCUUCAAGAUCUCGAGCGUCAACAACAACAAGUUCGACAACAGCCAACUCGCGCAGGUCUCCAACCAAACAGCUGAUGCGGCUCGAGAUCGCGCCAGACCCAGUGCUUGUGAGGCAGAUCGAUUUUCGCGCGAUACCUGUCGAGCUAAGAAACAUGCUGAUCAAGAUGGAAACUUUUGAUCGAGGUGACCGGGUCGUGCCAAGCUAUCUCAUGCCUGAUAUAGCUGCGGCGCAGCUCAACGAUAUGGCCUUCUAUAACUUCUGGGAAACCGUGUUUACAACCAAAGAGGCGGAACAAGAAGAACAGAGGUGCGGCUUCAACUGGCGACGCUUAUCGCUGGACGAGAUCAUGGACUGCUACCUCAAGGCCAGGAAUUGCCACGACCAAGGACAUGCUGAGUCGGCGUGGAAUGAAAUGGUACAUUGGUCCGUGUUCGAGAUGGCUCUUGGUGGACUAGGCACAUCCAUGCCGACAACAGUCGGACCAGCAGUCCAAGUUGAAAUGGAAAGGACAAUGACGGGAAUGGCGUCGUCUUCGGUGCCGUCAGCAGCAUCAGCGACAACUGAUCCUGAAGCCCACUCGGUGACCGCUAGCGGCAACAGACGUCAAGGCAGGGAUUGGGUCAAAGUCACACCCAUGAUCUGCUCCUCUGCACGCAUUACAGGGAAAGCCAAGGACUCCAAGAUGGUCGACUUCUGUCUUGUCCUCGAGUCCGACCCCGAGCCUGAAAUCGAUGGUAGUUAUGAUGUCGACACGGCAAGGCUCAUCCAUCCUGAUUACCCCCCCCCCCCCCCCCCUCCCCCCCAGCAAAAAGCCGCUCGUUCUCACCGCCAAGUCGAAGAUCCAUGGUGA